AACAAUGAAGAAAAAGUAAUGAAGUGAGAAGUUUUCACUUCUUCUUCCCAUGGCUCUGAUGAUGAAAAGGGUGCUGAGGUCCCAGCCAGAGUCCAGCGUUAUGCCAGACUGCCCCUGAAGAGCCAGCAGGAUGGAGUUAGAUGGAAUUUAUGAAAAUAUGACCCUAAGGAAUUCACUGCCUCAAGCCGGAAAAGGUCUAUCCCAGCAGUACUGCAACCUAGGUCAGAACUCUAAUGUUUUGGCCAACAGGAAACCAAGGAUCAUCCACGCUGCCCUGGCCCUCUUGGUUCUGGCCCUGGCUGUUGCCCUCUCAGCUGUAACUUAUCUGUAUCUCCAAGUGAAAACUGCUGACAUGAUUUCAGAUGCACUCCUGUGGAAAGCUCGUUUUGAGAGAGUCAAUGCCUCCAUCGCAGCCCUAAGGGGCCAAAAUGAAAUCCUAAUGCAGCGACUAUCAGAGAUUUACACUGUCUAUAAGGGAAGUCUCUAUUACUUUUCCUGUACUGAAAAGCCCUGGGUUGAUGCUGAGCUGACCUGUGUGUCAAAAGGCUCUCACCUGACCUCAGUGACCUCAGUGGAUGAGCAGAGCUUUCUGUAUAAGAAAGCUAAUGGUUUCCGGUACUGGAAUGGCCUGAACAGAAGAGAAGAUCAGAAGACAUUCCACUGGACAGAUGGGACCUUGUAUGACGAGGCCAAGACCAAAGAGUUUUGGAUAACAGGAGAGCCAAACAACAACAAUAACAAUGAGCAUUGUGUCCAUUUCUCGAAGAAAGAGCUCAAAUCAUGGAAUGAUUUAAACUGUGAGUCUUCCUUAAAGUUCAUCUGUAAGUGGAACUGUGAGUCAUCUGGGCUGUGCAAUGAAAUAUUUGGGCACAAACACUGAAUUGUUCUGAUUCCCCAUAUAUGAAACAAGGGAAAAUAUGGCAAACAUCCUUCCAUCCACUAUCUAUAGCAGUUUAUGGGCUCCAUUUUCAUUCCCACUUAAAGUUCUCCCAAAGGAGCCUGAAAUGAUCAGUAGGGGGGCUUGAUCAGCUUGGCCAAGUGAUGCCUCCAUCUCAUCAAGCAGCCUCCUAAAGGACUGGACCUCUUUGAGAGUGAAGGACAACAACCAACCAAACUGGCAUGUACUUCCUCCUGACCCUCGUCACUAGCUGCUUUCAAGGCUCCCCUCCAAUGCCAUCUCCUACAGGAAGUCUGUCCUGGUUCCUUCCACCCACCCAGCUGCUACUGCUUCCACAUCCUUUCAGAUUGCUUUGUAUUUACUUGGCUUUUAUUUUGUAGUUAUUUUUACGUGUGCAUGUUGUUUCUUCUGAGAGAAUGCAAGUUCUCUGAAGACAGGGACUGUAAUUAGAUACCUGACGUCAGCAAGGACCCAGUGUGGACGUUAUCUGCAAAAGUCACUCUUAACCAGUAACAAGAAUUGCAGGAGGUAGUUUUGGGGCUCCCCUAUCUAGAGAUUAGGGAUGUACGUUAAACUAUAGAAAGUGGAAAUCCUCUACCCACUGAGCAGGACACAACUUCACACCAGAGGAGGACAUUAUGUACGAAAGGCCCCAGGGAGAUGGAGUUUUCUCAAGGACAAGAUUUCAUAGCGCUGAUGAAGAAUCUUCAAAUCUCGAUCUCCUUGUAGUCUCCUCUGGCUUAGUGGCAGGCAACCAAAUACAUGGUGCGAUGGAUAGAGCACUGGUCCUGGAGACAGGAAGACCUGAGUUCAAAUCUAGCCUCAGGUUCUUACUAGUUUCUGUAACCCUGGAUAAGUUGCCUAAUUGCUGUCUACCUCAGUUUCCCCAUCUGUAAAAUGGGGGUGAUAAUAAUAUCUAUCUCACAGGGUUAUUGUGAAGAAUAAAUGAGAUAACAUUUGUAAAGUACUUAGCCCAGUGCCUGGCACAUAGUAGGUACUUAAUAAACUCUUUCUUCCUCUACACUCCCCCUGCCCCUCCAUUGGCAGCUGUGAAUUGUGCAUUUGUCUGGGUGAAUGAACCUAAAAUCAAAGAAUUUCAGGGUGGAAAGAGAUUUUAGAGCUUUUAGUCCAGCCCUCUCAUUUACCUCCCUGACCAUGUUUUCCCUCUCUGGCCAUCUUGCAGUCAAGAUGGCACCAAAGACCUGGCCUAGAAAACCCAAACCUUUCAGUUCUAGAACUCUUGUCCUGGGUCCUCACUGUUAUGAUUGGGAUUGCAUCACCUGGCCCACUAUAUCUAGGUCAGCCCCAGACAUGGCCCAGGUAACAUCUCAGCUGAGUGCUUACCCAACACUCCUCUCUCCACACAUUCCAGUUACAGAGUGUAAUCAAGACACCUCAAGCUAAAACUCUUGGUACAAAGGGCAGGAAAUCCCGGAUUCUGAAGACUCUAGAAUAGAUUAGCCAAGGCUCUACAGAGCUGAAGAUGAUGCCAGCCCAAGACAUAAGCAAGAAUACCCCAAAAGAUAACCUGUCCAGGGGGCAGCUAGGUGGCGCAGUGGAUAGAGCACCGGCCCUGAAGUCAGGAGGACCUGAGUUCAUA